AUGCCAUUAACUGAGGAAAGAACGUCACGAUUGUCAACUGGCUCGGCAUGGGAGAGCUUCAGGCUCUCCGUAGUAUCCUUCUCCAAGGUUUUCCUUGUUGCUCCAUGUUCCAAGCACAAAUGUUGUCUUGGUUGUAUAUCACUGAACGAUGCAAUCCCAUUAAUAUGUUUUGCUGAAAUAUUUUCAUUAGUGUUUCUCAGCAUGGUUGUUCUUGACUUUUAUAUAACAGAUGGUCGCACAUUCUAUACGCAUUAUUUCGAAGGCUACGGAACUCAAAUUUCAAUCGGAAUCAUUCAGAUGAAUCUGACGAAUUCGAUAGUCGCCGAAACUCUGCGGCAAUUCCAAUUGUACGUGUGGAUCAUAUUCAAUCAUUUGAUGAAGAACGUGAGAGCCAAGACGUGA